AUGGUCGCCCCUACGUACGAUGCCUUGAAACUCCCUGGCCAUGUCAAGACCAUCUUGGUCUCUGGCGCUGGAGGAUUCGUCGGGCAGCAACUCGUCCUUCUCCUGCUUUCUCUCUACCCAUCUUUGAAGGUCAUCACAACCGACAUUGUCGAGCCGCCCAGCCAUGGUAUCACAGACAAGAACAGGCUUGUCGCUGUAAAGGCUGACCUCGGCAAGAUUAAAGAGGUCGAAGGCUUGUUCCAAGGCGAAAAGAUCGAUGGAGUGUUUGCUCUCCACGGCAUCAUGUCUGGCGGAGCGGAAGCCAACUUUGACCUCGGAUACUCUGUCAACGUCGACUCCAACCUCAACCUCCUCCGCACGACCCACAAACACUCCCUCUCCUUUCCAUCUUCCGCCCCUCGUCCCAUCUACGUUUUCGUCUCCUCCCUCGCCAUCUACGGCGGACCAAAGUGCAAGCCAACAGACUAUGUCGUGCCGAAAGACACACCCGUCAUCCCCGGGAGCAGCUAUGGUGUGCAGAAGAGCAUCAUUGAGCUGUAUGUGUAUGACUAUGGCAGGAAGGGAUAUCUCAAUACCCGUUCGGUCCGCCUGCCAACUGUAGCCAUCCGUCCCGGCACCCCUUCUUCAGCGGCAUCCUCUUUCAUCUCGGGCCUCAUUCGAGAACCCCUCCAGGGGCUCGAAGCCAUCUGUCCCAUCGCGAGCUCUUAUGAGGACAAGGAUCUGGAUGAUAUGCCGUUCUGGUGCUCGAGGACAAAGACGGUGGUGAGAAACAUUGCGUGGGCAAUGUGUAUGCCUGAAAGCAAUUUUGCGUCGGGCGAGUCGAGGAGUAUCAAUAUCCCGGGAAUCAAAGUCAGACCAAGGCAGAUUAUCGAAGCUUUAAUUGAGCACGGAGGCAAGGACAAGUUCAAUCUCAUCAAGUUUGAGAAAGAUCAGGCGGUCAUCAACAUCUGCAAGACGUGGGCUGGAGAAUACGACAAUUCGGACUUUUUGGCCAUGGGCUUUGAAGCGGAUGACACGGAGACCGGGUUCGCGCUUGCGGUCCAGGACUUCAAGGAUGAUCUGGAAAAGGCAAAGUAG